AUGAGGACUUCUGGUGGAAAUUCACUGUGUUAUCUGCUACCUGCUAUGAUCCUGUCUGGUUCAUGCAUUUUUGUUAGCCCUUUGAUAUCACUGAUGGAUGAUCAAGCCAAAUGUCUGUAUCCUCCUCUAUUUCAAGGCCUAACAGGGUCUCUUGUCUUUCUUAUUUCAGUCUACAUGUCACCCGAGACAAUUACUAGAAAGUUUUUCAGGAAUGCAAUGUCUGAGAGAUUGAAAGAUGUUACUUCCUUCAUUGCUAUAGAUGAAGCUCAUUUAAUUGAAGACUGGGGUAAAUUUCGCCCUGCUUAUAAAAAGCUUAACUAUAUCCGUUCCUGUCUACCGUCUGUCCCACUCAUGGCUCUUUUAGCAACAGCUCCACGUCAUCUUAUUGUUUCAGUCACUCAGCGGCUAAAUAUGCCUGAUUAUGUCCUAGUGUCUGGAUCCUUGAAUCGGCCCAACCUCUUCUUUUCUUUGGAUUUAUCCGAGUCUAUGUUGUCUGUAUUUCACUCACUUUCUUCAAUGUUGUCAUCAGUCAAGUCUCCAGAAGUAAUUCCUAAGACAUUGAUAUUUUGUAGAGCUAAGGACACCCUGUACGGUGUUUAUGUUCAUCUCGUCCGUAGCUUUAGUGCUGCCACCAAGGGCUGUGUAGGUCAGUAUCAAGCGACGAUGUCUCUAGAGGGUCGGUCACAACAUUAUGAGAAUUUUAAGAGUGGAAGGCAGAGAGCAAUGGUAGAUACAAGUGCAUUUGGUCUUGGGAUAGACAUUGAUGAUAUCACUGAAGUAAUCUUGUUUGGUGUGCCAGACAAGGCAUCAGAAUUGGUGCAGUUAGCUGGUCGUGCAGGAAGAGACUCAAGGCGAUUGUGUCCGGUUAGAUUUGUGGCACAUGCCCGUGAUCUUAAAUACACUGGGCCUGACGUCGUAAAACUUUGUUCAAAUACAUCUUGUUUGCGGAAAGUAAUAAUUCGUGACAUUUUGCAGUCUGAGGAGCUUUUACCAGCCUCUUCUGCUCUUCUAGUGAACGUCCAGGUGUGUUUUUCACCGAAAUACCAUGUACAGAUGAUGGCACUCCAAUUCCUUGUAGAUCUGGAGCUUUGA